UGGGGCAGCGGGGCUCGCGGUCCCUCGCUCGGCGCCCCCCCGCCCCGCCCCGCAGGCCAUGGCCGGGCCCGCCCUGCGCAUCGGCGAUCAGCUCAUCCUGGAGGAGGACUACGACGACAGCUACAUCCCCAGCGAGCGAGAGAUCCAGGAGUUCGCUCGCGUGGUGGGCAUCGACCCCGAGCACGAGCCGGAGCUGAUGUGGCUGGCCCGGGAGGGCAUCGUGGCCCCGCUGCCCGCCGAGUGGAAGCCGUGUCAAGAUACCACUGGCGAUAUCUAUUACUUCAAUUUUGCCAAUGGCCAGUCGACCUGGGACCAUCCGUGUGAUGAGCGCUACCGCCAACUUGUGAUCCAGGAAAGGGAAAAAAUUCUGGAACAUGGAGGUCUGAAAAAGAAAGAGAAAAAGAAGAAAAGGGCAGAAAAGAAAAAGGAUAAGAAAGAAAGAGACCCCCCUAAGCAUCCUGUGGAGAUGCAGUCGGAGCCAGGGAUUCUUCCGUCAACAUCCUUUUAUCGAGUAUCAUCUCCUAUCCUGUAUUCGGAGCAUGGUAGUCCUGUCCUAGAGCAACAGGGCAGCCUGGUGACACAGAAUGACUCCUUCCUGAAAAACCCCAAGGGAAAGAUUUCGGAUACCGGUGAUUUGUCCAGGCUGCUAUCAAGCCCUGCCCCAGGGAAAUUACAACCUCUUCUGCCAGAAAAAUCAAACCGCACUCAACAGAUCCUUGCAGAUGUGGAGAAAAUUCUUGGAAGAAAUGCAUCUUCCAGCAGGUCAGAUAUUAAUCAUCAAGCACAACAAGAUGCGAAUACAGAAAUCAGAUGUGCAGCUACUAGUGGUGUUUUAUCAGACUUGGAACCUGAGGAUGUAGAUAGCAUCCACCUCAUAAAGCCUUUUUUCCAAACACUGAAGAAACCCUCUCAAACUUUAGCAGCUGCUAUGACGGUGUUAGCCCUGGGAGGAAUCAAGGAGAAAAAGCUGUUCUUAGAGGGAGAAAAAGAAGUUGAGGACCAUGAGAAAGGCCAUGCGGAGGGAGAUGGACUAGUCAGGAAGGAAGACUUCUUGCAUAGCGUUGAAAAGGAAAUGCAGCUUUCUCCCUCUGCUGCUGCUUUCACAUUGAUCUCAUCUAGGACUUUAGAGGGACAAGGUGACAUCCGUUAUUUUCAAAAUGAAAUAUUAAGGCCUCUGGAGAGAAUAAAGGAGAACAGAAGGGGGAAAAAGAACCCUUCUGAACAAUGCCUGGCCACAGAGUCCAGCCCAUGGCAGAUCGAGACUCUUGUUCCUCAUUCUCAGCUGCAGGGUUCGGUUGAGCUUGGAGCCAAGACAGGAAUUUCAGAGAGUGAAGUGUCAUCUCCUACACCGGGUCAACUCACAGGGGGGGCGAAACACGAUUCAAAGAUAGAAUCUGACAGCGGUAAUAGUGUCAGUGUUGCUAGCAGCCUGUCUGACCACCUUGCUUCUCAGGUUUUGGGUGAAGUAGACAAUUUGUCCUGGGACUUACAGAGCUCUUGUGAAUCUGAACAUCCCACAAAGCACCUGCCUUCUCCCCAAAGACCAUUUUUGGAAGCUGUAAAUAGCCAAGCACAAAGCUCCCCAGACAAUCAGUCAGCUAGUGAGUGCUAUUCAGAGGAUCAGAAGUUCUAUCAACAUGUCCUCCAUAUGGUGCAGAAGUCUAGAACAGAAUCGGGUGUGCCCAAGUCUCUCAAGGGUCAGAAGGGCUGCAGCAAAGGGCCUGGUUCUGAUCAGACUGUUCAGCCUGAUCUUGCUGGGGAAGGAGCUACAGAAACAGCAGCAGUAGAAGCAGCAACUCCUGAAGGAAAGAGAUUGAAGCCCUGUGAAGGUCAGACAUGCCUCCUCCAAGACAACCAGGCAGGAGAACAGAUGGUGCCCAAUACGAUUUUGAUGGAAGGAGCCUGCAGGGUUGAGCUUCCAAAAGACGGAGAUGGAAUGGAAGAGCCCAGCAGCUGUGGAAAAAAUACUUCAAAUUCCAAAAAUGAGGAGGAAAAAGAAGCUUGUUUGCCUCACUUAAUAUCCGAUGUGACAGAGAAGAAAGAAGUCAGUGAGAAACUUAUUCUAGAAAAAAUCCUGGACGUGGUUGAAAUACCUCCAGUCCUAAACAGUUCAAAAUUUGGGGUGAACAAAUCGACCAUUGAAAGCACUUCGAAAGAGGAAAACACAAACUGGUUGGCGCAGGAGAAAAAUGAGGACAAAGACAGCUUGGAAGAGGAACAAAAUAAUGGAUCUGCUGUGGCAGAAGAGAGCAGGCAGUUUGAGACUGAAAUUAAUCCAAUAAAGCCAUGGAAUGUCCAUACUGGGGAGUCACUGGAGGAAAUAACCAAAGUGGAAGAAACGAACAUGUAUUUGCUGGAAGAAAAACAGAUACAUAUUCAGAAUUUGCAGGAAGAAUUGCAACAACGAGAGGAAGAAGAGAUCCAGAUGUUACAUCAGCAGAAAGAGUCUGGCCUCCGGCUGGCACAAGAAGCUGCACUGAACCAGCUGAAAGAGGAGCUAGAAUCCUUUCAGCAACAGGAGAGAGAAAAGCUCCAAAAGCAGAAGUGGCUUUCUCUGGAACGGAUAAAAAAAGAGGCUGAAAUGGCUGAGCAGGCUGAACAGAUGGCGCUGGAGCAGGAGAACCAGAGGGCCCUCGAUGAACUGAGGGAGAAGCUGUGCAGAGAAAAGGAACUGGCUCUGCAGGAACUACAGGUGCAGCUGGCAGCAGAUAUCCAGCAACAAAAAACUGCAGCAGCAGAAGAGCACCAGAAGGUUAUUCUGACCCUCCGGAUGGAAAUCAUGGAAGCUCAGAGAAGAGAGAAAGCAGAACUUCAGAAGGAGCUCGAGAGUGUGGAGCAAAACAUUCAGCAAAAGAGACAUCACAUAGCAGAAUAUGAGCGAGAGCUCAGCGAUCUUCUGAAAGAGAAGCGUCAAGAGGUUGAGCAAGAACAUGCUAGAGAGUUGGAAAAAAUGCAGAAGAUACACCAGGAGACUCUAGCUAGGAUUCAAAUGCAACAUGAGGACAAGGAGAAGAAGCAGAAGGCCGAGCUGCUUGCAGGGCUGCAAGAUGAGCUGGAACACAUGGAACUGCUCCACAAGACCCAGCAAGAGGCCUUGCGAAAGACACACAUGGAGAAUAUGAAGGAGCUGCACCAGAAGCACCAGGAGCAGGUGGGGAAAAUGGAGAAGAAGGCCCAGGAUGCAGAACUGGAGCUGGAGCUCCGAGCGAAAGAUGCCCAGACAAAAGCAGCUCAACUCUGUGCCCAGGAGGAGGCCUGGAAGAAGAAAAGGCAGCAGGUCCUAGAAGAAGAGAAGCAGCUUGAAGAAGAAAGAAAUGAAGCUGCUUUGGCAGCUCAUUCCUGCCUUGAGGAGUCUCAAAAAGCACAGGAGAAUCUUGAAGAUACCUUACAGCAGCUGCACAAUGCUCUGGCGGAACUCCAGGAUCAGAAAAUAAAGCUGGAGUCUCAGGUGGAAUUGCUACAGAUACAGAGCCAACAACUUGAGAGGCAUACCAGUGAGUUGGAAGAGACCAUCAGGACCAAGCAAGAGCUGCUAAAGAAACUGGAUAAAGAAUGGAGUGAAGCAACUUCUCCAAGGGAAAAGGAAGAAGCGCUCCGAAUGGAAGACCUACAAGGGGACGGUCCAGAGCCUUCCUCCAGAGAAAUGACAUCUGAAAUACCAAAAAGCAAUGAAGAAAACAGCCUUCUCCUGAACCAAGUACGGCACUACAUUUCCUCUGAGGGAGCUUCCCUGAAGACAGCGAAGGAAUUCUUGGUGUGCCAGACUCGUUCCAUGAGAAAAAGGCGAACGGCCUUGAGAGCAGCCAAGCAGCAUUGGUAUGGUGGUCUACAGGGAACACCUGCUGUGCAAGACUCAGGCCAUUCUCAGGUGUUAGAGGGAGUGCGCAGGAACCUAGAAGAGGAAGGGAGGCAGCUAGAUGAAAUGAAAUCUGCCAUGCGGAAAGGGCAGGAACUGCUAAAGAAGAAAGAAGAGAGGCUCAGCCAGCUGGAAUCCUCUCUUCUGGAAGAGUUUUCUGAUGAAGAUACAAUCAAGGGAGUGGCCUGCAAGAAAAUGGUGACUUUUGACCUCAGUGACUCUGAAGACACAAGUAGCCUUAUGAGUGCUGAUCGGUCUCUUCACAAAACAGCUGACUUGAAACCGGAUGUCCAGUUUUCUCCCUUUGACAAGAUCCAGUAUUUGACUGAAUCACUGCAACGUAUCACCAGUGACCUGAACUGUGUCCUUCGUCUCCUGAGUACCUUCAGUAGCCAGCAGACUCUUUUCACUUCCACCCAAGGCCAGUCACUGGCUCCACUGGCCAGGGAUGGAAUUCCUCUGACUGCUUAUACCUCCCUGGCACGUGCCUAUUCGGCCACGUCAUUUGCACCUUCCGCCGGACUUCAGUCAGUCUGGUGCAAUUCUGGCCCCGGUUCUGCCGCUGUGAGCAGACAGUCUGUGGACAAUAUGUUGAUGGAGAAAUGGCGCAAGUAUUUCCCAGGGAAGUUUCCAUUGCCCUGUGGUGGGCUCGGUGCUCAAGAUGACAAGCUGGACUCCUUAAUAACUGGCGAGCAAGUCUGCCUGUUCCAGCACCCUCAUUUUCAGGGCUCCAAGGCUGAGAAGCCAAACAUCCAGCGCAUGAUUGAUGCCAAUAAGAAAUGGCUAGAGAGUUUCAAGCAUGAUUGCAAAAGCUCUUUUUUGCCAAGUCCUUCGCAUUCCUCCAGCAGUGGCUCCGGUUUGGUGCAGCUUGGGUUGGAUGAGAACAAUCAGAUCAAGGUCUACCACUUCUAGAUGGACAAAAAUCCUGCUUGUCUGCAAAAAGCUUACCUACCUGUCAAACAACAAUAUAUAUUAUUAUCUCUGUA